CCGAACGUCAGUCGAGCGGGGCGCGGUCGCCGUCACGGAGUGUAGCUGGCGCUUGUCAUCCGGCCGCCAUUACCUCGUAUUUGAACGGAUUCGUAAAAUCAAUUAAAAUUCGCGCUGUCGUUACGCGUUUUCAGUGCUGAAUGUGGUACAGUACCGCAGUGAUUCAGGAAGAGUGUUCGUUUUUCCGCUUUCAAAGUGAUUUUGGAUACGUUUGAAGAGUGUCAGUGGUACAGUUAGGUUACUGUGUUGGGUGCUAACUUUGUAUAGGGUGGCUCCGGUCGGUCCGGAGCGGCAGGACGCGUGUGGAGCGCAUGCAGAGGGAGCGGUGAGAGCGCGCCCGGCUGGGGAGUCGGGGCGGCCGGCUACCGGGCUCAGGCACUGCUGCCGACAUGGGGUGCGCCCAGUCGGCCGAGGAGCGCGCGGCGGCCGCUCGCAGCCGACAGAUCGAGAGGAACCUGAAAGAGGAUGGCAUUCAGGCUUCUAAAGAUAUCAAGCUCCUGCUGUUAGGGGCUGGCGAGUCGGGAAAGAGUACUAUAGUCAAACAAAUGAAAAUUAUUCAUGAAAGUGGCUUUACGAAUGAAGACUUCAAACAGUACCGGCCAGUGGUGUACAGUAACACUAUCCAGUCACUCGUCGCCAUCUUGCGCGCCAUGCCCAAUCUGGGCAUCACCUACGGCAAUAAGGACCGGGAGAGUGACGGCAAGAUGGUGUUCGACGUGAUCCAGCGGAUGGAGGACACGGAGCCGUUCAGCGAGGAGCUGCUUGCGGCGAUGAAGAGGCUCUGGGCGGACGCGGGGGUGCAGGAGUGUUUCGGCCGCUCCAAUGAGUACCAGCUCAACGACUCGGCCAAAUAUUUCCUCGACGACUUGGACCGGUUAGGUGCUAGAGAUUACCAGCCCACCGAACAAGAUAUUUUAAGAACUAGAGUCAAAACAACUGGCAUUGUCGAAGUGCACUUCUCCUUCAAAAACCUUAAUUUCAAAUUGUUCGACGUAGGUGGACAGCGGUCUGAAAGAAAGAAAUGGAUCCACUGCUUCGAGGACGUGACAGCGAUCAUCUUCUGUGUCGCCAUGUCCGAGUACGACCAGGUCCUGCAUGAGGACGAAACAACGAACCGUAUGCAGGAGAGUCUAAAGCUGUUCGACUCGAUCUGCAACAACAAGUGGUUCACGGACACCAGCAUCAUCCUGUUCCUCAACAAGAAGGACUUGUUCGAGGAGAAGAUCCGCAAGUCCCCGCUCACUAUAUGCUUUCCUGAAUACACAGGCGCGCAAGAGUACGGCGAGGCGGCCGCGUACAUACAGGCGCAGUUCGAGGCCAAGAACAAGUCCACCACCAAGGAGAUCUACUGCCACAUGACCUGCGCCACCGACACCAACAACAUCCAGUUCGUGUUCGACGCCGUCACCGACGUCAUCAUCGCCAACAACCUGCGCGGCUGCGGCCUGUACUAGGCGCCGACCGCGUCAAUAUCACGCUCGACGCCCGUCACUGUCAAUCCAAGCCGUUUUGUUUCACGCUUCCUCGAGUGGGUCAUGAUUUGAUUUUGCGAAAGCGGAGGGCGUUUUCGUUCGGUUCAGAGACUGGUGCGACGAUCGCCGACAGAUAUUCGUUCCGUUUGUCAAUUCUCUCUACCUCGUCAGCGCCAGGCGUCGUUUGCGGGCAGCGGGUAUAAUAUAUUUUUGUGAACUCUGCUUACUGGCGAGCCUAGCUGCGUCCGGCAGCCCCGCUAGCGUUGCUCGGGUCACCAAUAGUCAAUCGAUUGACUUUGAAACGUGGAUCAAUAUCGCUGUUGUAAUCGCGAUAACUUCGCUCUACCGGUACAGUCUAAUAUCGAUGUUGCAUCGCUUCGCUUUGUCGACCGUUCGUUUUCAAAGGUAACCGGACUAUCGGCGACCCGUAACGCUGGCACCGAGCACCUUUCCCUGUAAUAUAAACCGUGUUUGAUUUACCGCGGGUUCCCGCCGCUAUCUAGCCGUUAUUAGAUCUAGCGUUCGAUUCUAAAUGUUGGUGCUACGCGCAGCCGGGCGCCGGCACCACGCGCCCGCGUUCGAUGCCCGGCGAGUGCACAGACAACCUUUACUACGUAUAUUCCGUUUAGGCCUGUGAAUAAAAACAUUUACACUCGUUCCAAUGCACAAAGUAACUUAAAAAUAACAAUAAGAACAUAUUCGCACAAAUAACGGAACAUGUAAGUUCUCACAGCAGAUCUCAGGACAGAAUGAAACGGAAUAUACCCCUUAUCGCUAUGUGAAUAGAGCACUUGGUCGCUUGCGCGGCGCUGGGGCGGGCUCGGGAACACCGCGCUUAUAUACUCACUCUCUUACGGACCAAAACAGAAAGGAACCAAUAUUUAGUACUGAAACACGGUAGUGAGAGCAUGAACACGUUCACAGGCCUACUUUAACUGAUACAAGACGUCAUUCCAUUAUUAAGUAUUAUAUCGCGAUGAGAAAUUAUUUUUUUAUAAACUUUUGAUGCACAACUGUGACCGCUGUGGUAGCAUUUAUUUUACACGCCUCGAAUCGUUUGAGCUAGUUCUGUUGCAUCCUCGAGUGAUGUGUUACUGUUUAGUUUAAGCAUACUACGCACAAAUUGUUUAUCCUAUGAGAGCGUUGAUUUAUUAUGCCAUAUUAUACAAUCUUAAAUAUU